AUGCCUGUUGCCCGAGCUGAAGCACCCUCUAGGUUCUAUUGCAAAGAACCCAGUUGCGACCGCACGUUUUCCACUCAAUCCAAUCUCAAAAGACAUGUCCAGUCAAAACAUGGCACGCCGGUUCAGAUGCCUUGCGGCAAGGACCUACCAAACCAUACGUCGAACACAAUGCGCCACCAGAAGUCUUGCGGGAAAUGUUUCGCCGUCCUCAGUCAGCACUCGGCCCCUCGGGACCCCAAUGGCACCGAAAGCCCUCCAAUUUCAAUCAGCCAUGCCGCUGCGGAGUUCGGUUUCAAUCUCGACGCCUAUACGGGGAACUUCAAUGACAUGGAAUUUCUCACGGGUGACUACACCUUCGAAAUCUAUUAA